AUGCAAAUUAGGGGACCCGUCACUUUACAAGAAAACGACAAAUACUUGUAUGGAAAUGAGCGUCAACCGGAGACGACGACGUUGUUAGACAGUGACGACGAUGGGAUCCCGGAUUUCGACGAGGGCCUCUAUACGAAUGUCGUAGCGUCAGAAGUCGGCGGGUGGUUCAGCAACAGGUCCAGCUUUUCGUGCCCUCGUGUUAAGCCUGAUCUUCAUACCGGAGAUACCGUAGCCACGCUAUCGCCAGAAGAUAUUGAGAUUGUAGCUGCUAUGGGCGGUUCCUUAGCGGCAGGCCAAGGCCUCUGGGACCCGUGGUUUAUCGAGUUCCGCGGCGCUUCUUUUGCCAUCGGAGGCGACUCGAAUUUUGAUGGACUCGUGACGAUACCGAAUAUUCUGCUGCAAUUCAACGAUCGCCUGCAGGGUGUCUCGCACGGAAUGGGUACCGUAGACCAACUGCCACAUUACCAAUUCAACAUGGCCGAAAGCAAAGCAACCACGAGGGAUAUGCCACAGCAGGCCAAAGAACUUGUCUCCCGCCUGCAGGGCCAAAUGCCGUACAAAGUCCUGGCCAAACGCUGGGUGCUGCUCAUCAUGCAAGUCGGCACCGAGGAGAUGUGUUCCUGCCAGGCACCAUCAUCCUCCGAUCUUCGGCAUGCUAUCGGAAUUUUGAGAAAAGGCAUCCCGCGCUGCCUUGUCGUGGUCGUCGGCCCAAUCCACGUCGCCUCGUCCUAUUCCCAAAAUGUCAAUAUUUUGAGGGGAGAAUCCUGCCAAUGCCUUCAGGACGUCACCAAAUCCGAAUACGUGCAGCUGACCCGGGAUUGGCACGACAUGUUGCAUGCUGUUGAGGCAAGGGAAAUCAAUAACCUGCACUACCCGACUUUUGGGGUGUACGCCAUGACGCAGUUGGACAUCCACUCGCGAGAUCCACAGUCUCUGAUCGUCCCCGGGCAUCCGUUGCUGAACAGGAAAGGCCAUAGCUACGCUGCGAAGUAUGUCUGGAAUCGACUGAUGGCGGGGCCAAAAUUUGACACGGAUAAGCUCGUCUUUUCGGAAGAUUCGUACUUUUGUCCUUCGGUGGGCUGCCCCUACUUCCGUACCCCUCUCAACUUCAACAGCUGCACGAUCCAGACCGAAUUCGAGUACCAGCAGUACUUGGCGAACACGCCGAGCCCAAGCACUCCGAGGCCAACAAGGGUGGAAACGAUGCAGCGGAACCUUGGGACGAUCAUCGUCUCGGUGACGGCGCUGAGCAUCUGCUCUGUCUCGAUCCUCGGCACGAUUUUCUACUGCCACGGGCUGCGCGCGACGAAGGGGCGUUUUGAGAACGUACAGGGUGUU